GAACUCCAGGAGCUUAGCAAGCAAUAUAGCAAUAUCAAGCUCCUCCAACUGGAUGUAGUCUGUGAAAACAGCAUCAAGAAAGUAGUCAAGGAAGUGGAAGAAAUUGUGGGAGACAAAGGUCUGAACUGCCUCAUUAACAAUGCCGGCAUCAAUGUGCUUGCUUCCUUGGAAGAAGUCACAGCAGAGACAAUGCUCACCAUUUAUGAAACCAAUACAGUUGCCCAGCUGAUGGUCACCAAGGCGUUUCUACCCCUUCUGAAGAAGGCAGCCCAGCUGAGCACAGGAAUGGGCUGUCAUAGAGCUGCUAUUAUCAAUAUGUCCUCUCUUGCUGCCUCCAUGCAACUUGUCCAAGCAAAUGAGAUGUUCCUCAAGGUCUACCCCUACAGGAUAGCAAAGACUGCACUGAACAUGAUCACCAGGUGUCUUGCUGCAGACUUGAAAUCAGAUGGAAUUCUCUGUAUUUCUUUGCAUCCAGGCUGGCUUCAGACAGACAUGGGCGGAAACAUGGCUCCCAUGCAGGUGCAAGAGGCUAUCCCAGGUAUUCUCUCCGUUCUGGACCGUCUUGGUGAAAAAGAAAAUGGUUCCUUCCUGGACUGGCAAGGUGAAACUCUACCAUGGUAGAAGUGCACAGUGUACUACAGAAACAGCAUGUCAGUCACUAUUUAACUUGUGCCACUAAAGUCUGUGUCUCUAGGGUUUUCUUAUAUGCU